AUGUCUGACUCAAAUAGUGCUGAAUCUGAAAAGUUAAAUUCAUUUGAUGGAGAAAAAACUUAUAAUUUAUCAUCUGAUGAUCAAGCUGAAUUAAAACGAUUAGUUACAAAUAAUCCAGGUGUUGAAAGAAUUAUAUCUGAAUUAUAUGAAGGAGCUGGUGAAUUAGGUCCAUUGGAAAAUCCUUACGAUAUCAACAAAGUUGAAUCACAUCCAGCUGCUAAAACAAAUUAUCAUGAACAAGACGAAUGGAAAUAUCCAAUAUAUGAAAACGCUUGA